AUGGAUUUAAAUAAAAUUAAUCUAAGUAGUUAUUUACCAACAAUGCCAUAUGUAGUUCGAGAAUUAUUUGAUAAAGCAACAAAUAUUGUUAUGAAUUAUACAGAAACUGAAACUAAAGUUGUUGAAGCAACUAAUGAUGAAUCUUGGGGACCAGCAGGAAAAUUAUUACAAGAUCUUUCUCAAUUAUCAUAUUCACAUGAACAUUAUAAUGAAUUAAUGGGUAUGCUUUGGAAACGAUGUUUUACUCAAGAUAAAAAAUAUUGGAGACGAACAUAUAAAUCACUUCUUGUAUUAACAUAUUUAAUAAAAAAUGGUAGUGAAAAAGUGGUUAAAUCAGCACAUGAACAUCUUUUUGAUCUUAGAAGUUUAGAAAAUUUUUCUUAUCAUGAUGAACAUGGCAAAGAUCAAGGAGUUAAUAUACGUCAUAAAGUAAAAGAAUUAAUUGAAUUUAUUCAAGAUGAAGAUCGAAUUCGAGAUGAACGUAAAAAAGCUCGAGCUAAUCGAGAUAAAUAUAUUGGUAUGAGUAAUGAAUCAUCAUCAUAUCGUUAUAAUGAUCGAUGGAAUAAUAAUGAUGAUGAAAUAAAAACAAAAGAUUUCAUAUCUGAAGAUAAUUCAUUCGAUAAAAGUAAAGACAAUAAUCAAAAUUUUAAAUCAACAGGAAAAAAAGAUCAAAAUAAAAUACAGGAUAGUAAUACAAAUUCAUCAAAACAAAAGCCAUCUUCCAUCAAUAAUGAAAAACCAUCAUCAACAACUGAAGAACCAAUUGUUAAUUUAUUAGAUAAUGAUAUCGAUUUUACACCUUAUGUUCAAGCUUCACAAAAUGUUGAAUUUGGUCAAUUUAAAGAAGCAAUAUCUCCAACAUCUCCAGUUCAACCAACACAUUGGCCAACAUCAACACAAUCUUCGUCAUCAAUAAUAUUUGAUCCAUUUGCAUCACUUGAAAUAUCAACUAAUCCUGUUCAACUAAAUCUAUUUUUAACUAAUCAACAACAAUCAUCUACAAAUUCACCAAUGGUUCAACAACAACAACAACAACAAUCAAAUAUAAAUUUAUUGAAUAUUACAAUUCCUCAACAACAACCGUCUACCAUCGCAGAGAAACAGAAUAUUUGGUCAUCGGCAGCUGGAAAAUUAGAUAUAUCAUUAAACAAUUUAGUUCCACAUACACGUGGUAAUUCACAGAAAACAUCAUUAACAUUAAAUCAAUUAACUAGUCCAACUACACCUGAUGUUUCAUUAUUAAAUACUAAUACUCAAUCAAUAUUUUCUACUUUAAACAAAAAAUAA